CAUCCAAUUCCUCAGAGACUAAACCAACAAGGUCCAAGCAACUGAAGUCACAUCGCAACAAAUUACAUCAAUAGAGGAGAGAGAAAAGGGUGAAAUCGAUUUUAGUCCCCUCGAAACGUCCUCUCGAAGCGACCACACAAUGACGUGGUCACCUCCCCAGUCCGGGCCCUUAGUGGCCCUUGUGGCCCUCCUUUUCCUCGGUUUGACUUCCAGCGUCCCAUCCGGCCCGGCCUCUGAUACCUGCGCCACCCUGGAGCAGAGCCGCUUCUUCGGGCUGUUCUCUUCGACUGCCAACCUGCCCUCCAUGCCGUGCUCCUGGACCCUGCAGAACCCAGACCCUCGCCGCUACACCGUCUACAUGAAGAUCACCAAGCCCACCGACUCCUGCCUGCCCCGCCAGGUCAAGACCUUCCAGUUCGACUCCUUCAUCGAGACCUCUCGCACCUACCUGGGUAUGGAGAGCUUUGAUGAAGUCGUCCGAUUGUGCGACGCUUCAACGUCUGUAACCUACCUGGAGUCCAGCAAGCAGUUCCUGCAGCUCCGCAAGGUGGCGCCAAGACACGGCCUGGAGAUUGUGGAGGGAGAGAGCAACGGUGAGUUCAAGGCCGAGUUCCUGGUGGUGGGCAAGAGGAACCCCAGUAUGCCAGCCUGUCAGAAGCUGUGCCAGUGGCUGGAUAAUUGUUUGUCCACCAGCACCCAUCCCAACCCCUGCGGCAUCAUGAACACCCCCUGCCAGUGCUGGGAGACCCCCGUCAGGAAGCCCGGCGGCUGCUACCGUGGAGGCGUCUACCUGGAGAAGUGCAUCCCAACCCCCAGAGACACUGGACGUGACAUUGUACGCGAUGCCGAGAUCAUAAAGAGCUGGAGUGGGUGGGGCCGCUGGUCUGAGUGCAGUAUGGAGUGCGGGGGUGGAGUCCAGGUGCGCAGCCGAGCCUGUCAGCCAGACGAUAGUGUGUGUGAAGGCGUGGUCGAAGAGGGGCGGGCCUGCAACCCUCAGCCCUGCAUUGGUCAAGUGCGAACCCGUAGCCAAGCUCUGGCUUCCAUCGUCGGCCUAAAAAGAGACAACGCUGAUGUUCCUACCACUGGAGUCCUUCACCCUCAAACAGUGGACGCUGCUGCAGUUGCAGAUGAGUGGUCCCCCUGGAGUGUGUGUUCAGUGAGCUGUGGAGAGGGCUGGCAGGCCCGCACCCGUUUCUGUGUUACCUCCUCCUACAGCACCCAAUGCACUGGCCCCCUCCGCGAAAACCGCCCUUGCAACAACACCAUGGUCUGCCCUGUUGAUGGAGCUUGGGACGAGUGGUCUCCAUGGAGCCUGUGCUCGUCCACCUGCGGCCGUGGUUACCGUGACCGCACCCGCACCUGCAAGCAGCCCCAGAAUGGAGGAGAACCUUGCAAGGGACCCAUCAAACAGACCAAGUUCUGCAACAUUGCAGUCUGCCCAGUGGAUGGUGCCUGGAACGAAUGGUCCGGUUGGACCACCUGCUCAGUCUCUUGCUCCAAUGGCACCAAGCAGAGAACACGUGAAUGCAACGGACCGUCCUAUGGAGGCUCGGAGUGCCGUGGUGAUUGGCGUGAGACCAACAACUGUUUCCUGAAAGAUUGCCCAGUUGACGGACGCUGGUUAUCAUGGAGCUCAUGGGGAAGCUGCAGUAAGACCUGUGGGGGAGGAAGCCAGCAGAGGCAGAGGAUGUGUGAAGGACCUUACUUCGGUGGAGAGACAUGCCCUGGAGAGAAAGGAGAGCUGAGACGCUGCAACGAGAAAAGAUGCCCAGAACCCCAUGAGAUCUGUCAGGAGGAGACCGACGGCGAUGUUGUGUGGAAGAGAACCCCAGCAGGAGAUAUGGCUGCCGUGACCUGCCCUACAGACUCCACAGGCUUGAUCUUGCGCCGAUGCACCCUUGGCGCUGUAGGCCUUGCUUAUUGGGAGAACCCGACCCACAUCAAGUGCAUCUCCAAGAACUACCAGGACAUUUCCUUGUUGGCCCAGCAUGGUGUUAAUAAGGCUCAAAAGGGUCUGAUGGCUGAUGGGAUUUCUGAGGUGAUCUCCCGACUGAGGGCCACCUCUGAUGAGGGGACCAAGUACAGCGGAGACCUGCUGUCCAUCAUGGAUGUACUUAGGAACACCACUGAGAUCUACAAGGGAGUCGGAUACAGCCUGAGCAAUGCUGAUGUGGAGAACUAUGCCCAGACAAUCAGCAACUUACUGAAGGAGGAACAUCAUGGCAAAUGGGAGGAGGCACAGCUGAUGGGCGCUAACGUCAAGGAGUUCUUGCAGCUCGUCGAGAACUUUGUGGACAUGAUCGGUAUGCAGAUGAAGGACUUCCAAGACAUUUAUGAAGUCACAGAGAAUUUAGUGUUGAGCAUCCAUAAGCGCCCCACAACCAUGACCACCGACUUCACCUUCCCAGUGAAAGGAUGGAGAGGCAUGAUGGACUGGGUCAGGACCUCAGAGGAGAAGAUCACUGUCUCCCGCGACGCUCUGUCCAUCGACCAGUCUGAGGGCACCACUGCAUUUGUGACCGGGAUCAUUCUCUACAGAAACCUCAGCUCUAUCCUGUCCUUCCAAAGUAACAGCACCGUCCUCAACUCCAAGGUAGUCACGGUUAUGGUCAAGCCCACCCCAGGCCUGCUGUCCUCCCCAGUGGAAAUCGAGUUCCCCCACCAACAUAAUGACACCAUAAAUGAAACUUGCAUCUCCUGGGAUGAGAGCGAAACUUCUUCGCUGCUUGGAUCUUGGUCUGCGCGUAGCUGCAGAGCGGUCGCCGUUGAUUCAUUCAGAACCAAAUGCGUGUGUGACAGGCUCUCCACCUUCGCCAUUUUAGCGCGUCUUAACCCUGAUAUGAACAUGGAUAAGACUCUGCUUCCCUCUGUGACGCUCAUCGUCGGCUGUGGGGUCUCGUCUCUCACCCUUCUGCUCCUCAUCAUCAUCUAUGUCUCCGUCUGGAAGUAUAUCCGCUCGGAGCGCUCAGUGAUCCUCAUCAACUUCUGCCUCUCCAUUAUCUGCUCCAAUGCCCUCAUUCUGGUUGGACAAACCCAGGCUCGCAACAAGGUGGUGUGUGGAGUGGUGGCUGCCCUCCUUCACUUCUUCUUCCUCUCAUCUUUUUGCUGGGUGCUGACGGAAGCAUGGCAGUCCUACAUGGCUGUCACAGGCCGUCUGCGCAACCGCAUCAUCCGCAAGCGUUUCCUCUGCUUGGGCUGGGGACUCCCUGCUCUGGUGGUGGCUGUGUCUGUUGGAUUUACCAAGGCUAAGGGAUAUGGCACCGUCAACUACUGCUGGCUCUCUCUAGAGGGUGGACUCCUCUACUCAUUCGUUGGACCCGCUGCUGCUGUUGUUCUGGUGAACAUGGUAAUUGGUAUCCUGGUCUUCAACAAACUGGUGUCCAAGGACGGCAUCACCGAUGUCAAACUGAAGGAGCGAGCGGGAGCAUCACUGUGGAGCUCCUGUGUGAUUCUGCCCCUGCUGGCCCUCACCUGGAUGUCCGCUGUCCUGGCCAUGACCGACCGCCGCUCCGCUCUCUUCCAGAUUCUCUUCGCUGUCUUUGACUCCCUGGAAGGGUUCAUUAUCGUCAUGGUGCACUGCAUCCUGCGUAGAGAGGUCCAAGAGGCAGUGAAAUGCAGAGUUGUUGACCGUAAGGACGAUGGCAAUGGAGAUUCUGGCAGUUCCCUCCGUAAUAACCACCACACCCAGCUCAUGUCUGAUUUCGAGAAGGAUGCUGACUCCAACAGACUUGGUGGUAUGAGCUCCUCCUGUGAGGAGAAGAUGCCCCUCCCACCUCAGCUGCCCCUCCCCAUGAGCUCCAACUUCCACACCCUGCCCUCCCAUACCACCAAGGCCCACAUGCAGGCUGUGCCCGAGUACUCCAGCCACACCCUCACCCUGAAGAGGGAGAAGAGCCGGCUGCAUGGCGGCAUGGACCCAUCCUCCUGCGGGAAACCCGUCUAUGUGUGCGACGGCGAGCUCUUCCAGCAGCUGGAUGCCAACCUGGCGCGUGGCCAGGUGGAGGGGAGCUGCCCCGACGGUAGUGGCUACUUGCUCCUGCCCAACACAACCUCUACCCUUCGCAAGGCGAAAGAUGACCCGUCCAAGUACAACAUCAGCGUGGAGCAGCUUCCACAGACCAGGCUGGUUCAUCUCAGCGGACCCUUCGCUGAACCCCAGGCCACCUUCGGACUCAAGACGCUACCAUCCGACCGGGUCAGCGUGUCCUACUCGGAGAGGGACUCUCCCAUCCAGAACAUCCACAACAUGUCCAGCGAGUCUCAUAUCACCCACAGCAGCCUGGGAGACACCUUCGACUCAAUGAACUCCAUGAUGUCCAAGAGCGAGACCAUCUCCACACUGUCCAUGAGCUCCCUGGAGAGACAGAAGUCCCGUUAUGCUGAAUUAGAUUUUGAGAAGAUCAUGCACACAAGGAAACGUCACCAGAACAUGUUCCAGGACCUCAACAGGAAAUUACAUCACGCUGAGAAACAAGACAGAGAGUCCCCUGCUUCAGACAGCAAGUCUGUGAGAUGGAGUGUGUCCUCUGGAGGAAGUGACAAAACAAACCACAGCGACAAGCAGCAGCCACAGGUGGAGAGACCCUGGGAUGGGGUCCAGAGGACGCAGCAUUCGCCACCUGCCUGGGUGCGGAAGGACCUGGAGCCCCUGGCCGCGUCGCCCCUGCAUAUGCAGCAGGUGGAGUGGGAGAAGGCUGGAGCCACCAUCUCAAUGGUCAGCCAGGACAUCAUUGACCUGCAGACGGAGGUCUGAGAGGAUGAGCAUGAGAUUGUUCCUUAUAGUUCAACCUUGGUCACCUAUUCUAUUGGUUUGGGGAAAAGGAGAGCCAUGGAUCCACAUGGAUAGAGUAGAGGAAGCCAAGAACGAACAAGUGAAGAGAGGUGGGGGAAGAGAGAGCUGAGAGAGCGCUGAACCCAGAAUCCAUGUCUACAAACCCUCAACAAGAGAAAGAUGGAGAGAUGGAAGGAGGGAGGCUAUUGUGUUGUGCUGUCAAGAUUUUGUUUUCCAGCAAGGACUUGAUAAUGAGCAACACUAGAGAAGCAGUGUGAUACUGACUGGCGGUGUCAGUUAGUGACGGAUGGUUCCAAGGACUGGUUCUGGUUCUGUUCGUGGUCCGACCACAGAGGUUUCCUUUAAUCUUCCGACUGGGCUCAGGAGAGGUGUGGUCAACAUGGUUAACAUGCGGUCAACAUGGCCCUUCGACUCGUUUUAAAACGGUGGGUUUCACUCUACCCCGGGGCUCCAACCAAACUGAACAAUGUACUCUUGUGUUUGUGGCCAAGGCAUCUUCCAAGUUGGCUAGGACAAGGCAAGAAGAGCCGACUGGACUCCCUUCAGACUUGGGGUCUGACUCAAUGCUGUGGUUUAUGGACACACCCUUUCAUUGCUGUGUUGUAGCUAUUAUUUUCUUGCUUCGCCUGGAAGUGCAUCUAAAGACUCUUCCAUGAGAACUCUCUUCUGAGACUAUGAUGCUUACACUGGAGACAAGGCUUGAUCAUGCUUACAGAGCAGAACAUUAUUAUUAUCAUUAUUGUUAAUAUUAUUAUCAUUAUCUUGUUAUUAUAUCAUUAUCAUUAUCAUUAUUAUUAUUACCUGUAUUAUGUUUUAUUGUUUUAUCAUCGAUCUGAGUUUUCAUUUUACUGUCCAUGAAUUUACAGUUUUUGGCACUGUACUCGAUGUAUCAUUAUUUGAUUUGAAUUGGAAACCCAAAAGGACUGCAUAGCAUUGGGACAGUCAGCGUGGUGGUGGGAACCCUGGUUCUGCCAGCAUUCUGCCUCUGCAGCACAUGACAGGCACCUGGAAGAACAUCAUGCUCUUUUACAGAAAGUGGUGGACAAAGACCAUUAGAUUCCCACCUACAGUUCAUAAUAAACAAGAGCCCCACUAUUGCACCUCUUUUCCAUCCUGCUACACACACAGCCUUGCAGAAAGAACUCUAGAUCCCAGGACUAUAAACUGUGAGGCACUUGCCAACGACAUGACUUCACUUCCACAGUGCCAGCUAAUAAGGACUCCAAAACAACAUCCUUGUGUUUUAAAACCAUCAGUGUGAAACUAGUGCAAUAUGAUGGGCGCUUGAUGCUCAAGCUGGACGGAUUUUUCUUAAGAUGUUUCAAAACUCUUUUAUAAUGUGUUCCUCAUAUUUACAGAGCAAAUAGAUACUUUAUUGUAUAACAAAUAUGUAUUAGUAAUGAAACACAUUCAUUCAAUAGAGGUUUGGUUGUGUUCCGAGUGAAAGCGAAAGACUACAAAUUAUUUGGAGGUCUGUGAUUAGUAGAUUAUUCUAAUUCUAAAAAGCAGACGGUAUAAAGAAUUAAUAAUAGCCUAUAUGAAUAUAUCUAAAAACUGUGCUUCAGGAUAGCUGUUUUGACUCCAUACCUCACGGUGUGGAGUAACUGAACCUCAUGUCUUCUGUAAUAGUGUGUUUUUUAUAAUCUUGUCAAUAUUGCACUACAGUAUGUGCCAAAAAUCUUUCCUGUCCCCUAUUUCCUUCCUAGCCAUAGCGCCCCCCUCUUGUUGUAAAUGUAUAGUUUUGAGAGCACAAGAUGAAUGUGAUUUUUUUCUAAUAAAAUAAAAA